AGGAGCGCGCCUGGGUUCGAGAGCGCGAGACCAGGGUGCGCGUGACCGCGCCCGCUCCCAAAUCCUGUCAGGUGCGGCCUCGGGAGAGGUGAGGGCCCGGAGAGCGCGUGAAAGGGGGCCCCCGCAGAAACUGCUGACCUGACCCUCACCUGAGUGGAGGGACUGUCACCGGUCCCAGAGUCGUGCAGGCACCGGGUACGUCGCAGGGGACACCGAGCUCAGCAUUCAGAGUCCUGCAGGGACUGAGGAGGACUGCAGACCCGGGUGUAGUGUUGGGGACCCCCUUAUAAAAUCCUGGGGAGUCCCUGUAUACAGAGGCUGAGAGGGACCGUCACAGGCACUGAAGACCCCUUGCCGUUCCCUGGAUAGGGGUCCUCCAUGGGACUGAGCUCUGAUAUUCUUCAUAAAGGGUCUUGGAGGGUCCCUGUCUGCUAAUGGACCGUCCCAAGUGUCUACAGUAGGGACCGCAGCCUUCCCGUCUCUGGAGGUCCCUAAGGUUCCAGGACCGCCAAGCACGCCGCACAGCCCAGGACUGGGAAAGGAUUGUCUUUGUGGUCCUAUAACCGGGACCGAUCGAGGAGAAUUGGAACUGGAGAUCUGUUCUGUACCGGGACUGGAGCCUGAAUUACGCCUCCAGGAGGGACUCUUACAGGUCCUAUAUAUUGGAUACUAGAGGGACUGUCACAGGUUUUACACACCAAGUCCCAGAAGAACUGUCACAGGUUCCUUUUUUUUUUUUGAGUCCUUGAGGAAUGGUCACAGGUUCUACACACCAAGUCCAAGAAGAACUGUCAGGGUCCUUAUAUACUGAGUUCUAAAAGGACUUUGAGGAGGUGAUCUACUCAGUCCUAGGAGGACCGUCACUGGCCCAAGAAUCUUGAGUCCAAAGGAACCGUCACAGGUUCUGCAUACCAAGUCCUAGAGGAACCGUCGCAGGUUCUGCCUACCAAGUCCUAGAGGAACCGUCACAGGUUCUGCCUACCAAGUCCUAGAGGAACCGUCACAGGUUCUGCCUACCAAGUCCUAGAGGAACCGUCACAGGUUCUGCAUACCAAGUCCUAGAGGAACCGUCACAGGUUCUGCAUACCAAGUCCUAGAGGAACCGUCACAGGUUCUGCAUACCAAGUCCUAGAGGAACCGUCACAGGUUCUGCAUACCAAGUCCUAGAGGAACCGUCACAGGUUCUGCAUACCAAGUCCUAGAGGAACCGUCACAGGUUCUGCAUACCAAGUCCUAGAGGAACCGUCACAGGUUCUGCAUACCAAGUCCUAGAGGAACCGUCACAGGUUCUGCAUACCAAGUCCUAGAGGAACCGUCACAGGUUCUGCAUACCAAGUCCUAGAGGAACCGUCACAGGUUCUGCAUACCAAGUCCUAGAGGAACCGUCACAGGUUCUGCAUACCAAGUCCUAGAGGAACCGUCACAAGUUCUGCAUACCAAGUCCUGGAGGAACCAUCACAGGCCCUAAAUACUAAAGGGACCACCAGAAGCCGUAUUGGUUCCCGCCUGGUCCUCCUGCCCCCCAUCUUGCAGGACAAGAAAGCGGAACAUUCCAAAUCCUCCGAUCCCCCCUGAGUGACUGCCCGGCUCUCUUUGGUCCCCGCAGGGACAGAACAGUCCAGGACACAGCUGCCUUUACAACCCCUCCUUCGGCCUAUUUGGAUUUACAGAUCUGCCGAUCAUUGUGUGUCUGCGGUGUGUCUCUGGUUGUGCGCAGUCCAUGUGACCCCCCCCCCCUUAAACGAGCAGCGUGCGUUGUGCUGUGACCGCACACCUUUUUGGUGUCGCCCCCCCAGCGCGCAGGAAACAUGGCCUCCGACCCGCCGGCCCGGAGCCUGGAUGACAUCGACCUGUCAGCUUUGCGGGAUCCUGCUGGGAUCUUUGAACUGGUUGAAGUGGUCGGGAAUGGCACCUAUGGUCAGGUGUAUAAGGGCCGUCAUGUCAAGACGGGACAACUUGCCGCCAUCAAGGUCAUGGACGUGACUGAGGAUGAAGAAGAGGAGAUCAAGCAGGAGAUUAACAUGUUGAAGAAGUACUCCCACCAUCGAAACAUCGCAACGUACUAUGGAGCCUUCAUCAAAAAGAGUCCUCCAGGGAAUGACGACCAGCUAUGGCUGGUCAUGGAGUUCUGUGGUGCGGGAUCGGUCACCGAUCUGGUGAAGAACACGAAGGGGAACUCCCUAAAAGAAGACUGUAUUGCGUACAUCUGCCGGGAAAUCUUGCGGGGUCUGGCGCACCUUCACGCUCACAAGGUCAUCCAUCGAGACAUCAAGGGUCAGAACGUCCUCCUGACCGAGAACGCUGAAGUUAAACUGGUUGAUUUCGGAGUCAGCGCACAGCUGGAUCGCACUGUAGGCAGAAGAAACACUUUUAUUGGAACUCCGUACUGGAUGGCUCCAGAGGUCAUUGCGUGUGAUGAAAAUCCAGAUGCCACAUAUGAUUACAGGAGUGACAUCUGGUCCCUGGGAAUCACUGCUAUUGAGAUGGCUGAAGGGGCUCCACCUCUGUGUGACAUGCACCCGAUGCGGGCCUUGUUCCUCAUCCCCAGAAAUCCACCUCCAAAACUGAAAUCGAAGAAAUGGUCAAAAAAAUUUAUCGAAUUCAUUGACACUUGUCUCAUCAAGAACUACAUGAACCGACCACCAACUGAGCAGCUGCUGAAGUAUCCAUUCAUCAGGGACCAGCCAACCGAGAGGCAGGUCAGGAUCCAGCUGAAGGAUCACAUCGAUCGUUCCAGGAAGAAACGCGGUGAGAAAGAUGAGACGGAGUACGAAUACAGUGGCAGUGAGGAUGAGGAGGAGAAUCACGGAGAGGAGGGAGAGCCCAGCUCCAUCAUGAACGUGCCUGGAGAGUCUACACUCAGGCGUGAGUUCCUCCGUCUACAACAAGAGAACAAAAGCAAUUCAGAAGCCCUGAAACAGCAGCAGAUGGGCCCACAGCACCGCGAUUCAGAGGCUCACAUCAAACAACUUCUUCACGAGCGCCAGAGACGUAUCGAGGAGCAAAAAGAAGAGCGCCGACGUGUGGAAGAGGUGAGCAAAGUGGAUCAUUCUGAGCAACAGCGGCGGGAGAGAGAUCAGAGGAAGCAGCAAGAAAAGGAACAACAGAGGAGGCGUGAUGACCUGCGACGGGAGGAAGAGAGACGAAUGGCUGAGAGGGAGCAAGAAUAUAUCAGACACAAGUUAGAGGAAGAACAGAGACAGUUAGAGAUUCUCCAGCAGCAGCUUCUGCAGGAACAGGCCCUCUUACUGGAGUACAAGCGCAAGCAGCUGGAGGAGCAGCGCCAGUCAGAGCGUCUGCAGCGACAACUCCAGCAGGAGCAUGCCUAUCUGAAGUCGCUGCAGCAGCAGCAACAGCAGCAGCAACAACAAGAGAAGAAGCCCCUUUACCAUUAUAACCGGGCCGUCAUGGCCCCCAGUGAGAAGCCAGCCUGGGCCAGAGAGGUGGAGGAACGCUCAAGACUGAAUAAGCAAAACUCGCCUCUGUCCAUCACUAAACUCAGCUCGGUGGAGUUGUCGGGGCCCCAGUCACAGACGCCUCCCUCUCAGAGACCGCUAGAUUUUCAGGACCAUAAGCCCCUUCGAAAUGUUCCACAGAACCGCAUAGUCCUCAAACCUAGUCCCCGACCAAAUUCCCUUCAAGAUCCAGCACCUGCUCCCAGUCGCCAGCCAGCCAUCGCCCCUCCCAUCUCCCGGGGCCAGCUAGCCCGUCAGAGUUCAGACCCCUCACCGGAAGGGGUUAUGCCCUCCACUCGACCAGACAGGGGACCCUGGGUGAAAAUGGAACCAGAUGCCCCACCUCCUAAGGUUCCACAGAGGACGACGUCCAUAGCUACAGCCCUGAAUACAAGUGGGUCAGGUGGGAACAGACAGGUCCAGGCUGUGAGAGCCAGUAACCCAGACCUCCGCCGGGCAGAGAGCGGCUGGGAAAGGGGAGAUUCACUCCUGCAAUCUCCUCACCCAAACCUUCCCCAGGCUGGAUCUCUAGAGAGGAACCGCAUAGCCCCCCUUAAACUAGAGGAAUCUUCAAUCAGUCCGCCAGGCAGUAAAACUCCAGGAGAAGAGCACCGGUCCCGACCAGGUCGCCCAGCUAGCUAUAAAAGGGCAAUAGGAGAGGACCACCUAUUAGUGAAAGAUCGCCCAGAAGAUGUGCCCAAACCUCCCAAAAAAGCUCUGGACUACUCUUCCUCUAGCGACGAGAUGGACAGCAGUGAUGAGGAUGACGAGGAUGGUGACCAGGAGAGGCAGGAUCAGAGCAGAGACAGCUCAUCCGCCAGCCGAAACGGGCGAGAUGCAGACACGGAUAGCGUGAGUACCAUGGUGGUCCAUGAUGUGGAGGAGCUGGUGGGCAGUACGUCAGACAGUUCAUACGGUGAUGGAACCAUGAUUGUCCAGAGGACGCCGGAAGAAGAAAGGAAUCUUCUCCACGCAGACAGCAAUGGGUACACCAAUCUACCAGAUGUGGUACAGCCAAGCCAUUCUCCCACCGAGCCAAAGGGUUCAUCUCCCAGCAAAGAAGGCAGUGGAACUGACUAUCAGUCCCGCGGCCUGGUGAAAGCUCCUCCCAAAACCUCAUUCACCAUGUUUGUGGAUCUGGGGCUCUACCAGUCAUCAGGAGGAAGUGGGGACACCAUACCUGUUGCAGCGUCAUUUGUAAGCGCAGAUGCCGCCAGGUUGGAGCAGUUAAAAUAUGAAGCACGGAAAGGAUCUGUUGUUAACGUGAAUCCAACCAACACAAGGCCACACAGCGACACUCCAGAGAUCAGGAAGUACAAGAAGAGGUUUAAUUCUGAAAUCCUGUGCGCUGCACUGUGGGGGGUCAAUCUCCUGGUGGGCACAGAAAACGGCCUCAUGCUUCUGGACCGUAGUGGACAGGGCAAAGUUUACAGCCUGAUCACCCGGCGGAGAUUCCAGCAGAUGGAUGUACUGGAGGGUCUCAAUCUACUCAUUACUAUCAGCGGUAAGAGGAACAAGCUGCGGGUGUACUAUCUCUCCUGGCUAAGAAACAAGAUCCUCCACAAUGACCCAGAGGUGGAGAAGAAACAAGGGUGGAGCACGGUAGGCGAUAUGGAAGGAUGUGUACAUUAUAAAGUAGUGAAAUACGAACGUAUUAAGUUCCUGGUGAUUGCACUGAAAAACUCUGUGGAAGUUUACGCCUGGGCCCCCAAACCUUACCACAAGUUCAUGGCGUUCAAGUCAUUUACAGAUCUCCCUCACAGACCACAGCUGGUGGACCUCACAGUGGAAGAGGGUCAACGGUUGAAAGUUAUUUACGGAUCUUCAUCAGGUUUUCAUGCAGUUGAUGUGGACUCGGGGAACAACUAUGAUAUUUAUAUCCCGGUCCAUAUCCAGAGUCAGAUCAACCCUCAUGCCAUCAUAUUCCUGCCAAACACAGAUGGCAUGGAGAUGCUGCUGUGCUAUGAGGAUGAGGGUGUCUACGUUAACACCUAUGGCAGAAUCAUCAAGGAUGUGGUGCUGCAAUGGGGUGAAAUGCCAACCUCUGUUGCAUACAUCUGCUCCAACCAGAUCAUGGGUUGGGGAGAGAAGGCCAUUGAGAUUCGCUCGGUGGAGACUGGUCACCUCGAUGGGGUGUUUAUGCACAAGAGGGCUCAGCGACUAAAGUUCCUGUGUGAACGCAAUGAUAAGGUCUUCUUUGCCUCUGUUCGUUCCGGUGGGAGUAGUCAGGUCUAUUUCAUGACGCUGAACCGCAGCUGUAUAAUGAACUGGUGAACGAGAAUAGUUUUGGGGAUACAAUGAUGAUUUUGAAAGACUGCUCCUGAUCUCCCCACACACACACACUGGAGCCCAUCCUUAUAAAUCUCUCCCAGCACACAUUCCCCCAAUCCCUGACACUUCUUACAGCGCCUUGCUUGCUUAUUUUAUCUACAUUUUAAUUUAUUGGGGUGUUUAAUAGCUAUAAUCUUACAAGGACAAGAGACGGAUUAUUCCCCAUUGCUAUCCCCUCCAGUUUUUAUGGGAGACGGAGCCAGGGAAAGUGAAGAGUGAAAAUCCCCAGGGACACUUUGGACUUUACUCUCACUGAAAGCUUGCACACCUUUAACUUGUGUCAAUGCAAAGAAAACGUCCUGUGUGGAUAUUAUAUGGACCCCAGUGUUUGGCAAUGUUUGGAUUAUUGGCGCUUUUGGGGGAUGGGGGAUUUAUGUGAAAACCACCAUAACUUAUGGAGCGUGAGCCAGCAAUUUCAUGGAAGACCCCUUUGGGAAAUAUGAAGAGCCAGUUCUUUUUUUUAUUGGUAAAAAGAUGUUUAAAUGGAAACUUCCUCUGCUGUGGGGUUAUGUCAGACCCCAUCGCAGUACCUCUUUUAUAUGCUAACCCUUAUCAAAAAUUGAUUUAGGAUUGUUCACUAAUGGCACAUUACCCUUUUAAAAGCACUUUAUCAAAUAUAUAAACUUGUAUGAAUCCAAAGUUCCCUGACAAACAAGGUCUAUACUUUCCUCCUUAACAGCACUCCUGCACAUUUUAUGCUGCAGUAUUUCUAUAACUUGCAAAUUUAAUUAUCUUAGUUGUUUGUUUCUAGCGACUAACCAGCCCCUCCAAACAAAAUUUUGCAUGUCACUCCUGCAACACUAGGUUUUUUUCCUUGUUCUGCCGUGGAUUUUGGCGAUACUUCCAUACUUUAAAUUGCCACGAGCUGGAUAUUUUAAUUUGGUGCUAUAUGCAGAAUUUUUUGGGGGGGUUUUGGAUUUUGUACUGUAACUUGGAAAGCCAAAUCCUACUCCGCAGCAUAAUCUUUAGUUUAAGGACGGCUAUGUGAACUUCACAUUAGAUUCUGCAGAUGGCCAUUAGUUCGUCUCAUGCAGACAGUUAACUUGUCAUGAGCUUAAAACAGGAGCUUUAUCCACACCUGAAGACCGGGAUCUGUGUGACUCUGCAAAGUUUUUCCUUUUUUUCUUUUCAUUUUUGCAAGUCUCUGAGCUUUCUUGGAGUGUUUGGAGAUGCCUCUUUCUGAGGCGUUCUUCACAGUGGAGACCAGUCCAUGGUAAAGGCUAUACCAAAAAAAUACAGACCUUUUAGAAUCUAGGUAUCAUUCCCAAAAAAUGUUUCUUUCCCUUGUGUGUGAACUCGGGUGACCCUGGAAUCCCCGCACAGUGAGAGACAAUCGAGGUGUUCAUCUAGGUGGAAUCGAAUUUGCUAUUUUUGUAAACUUGACAGAUGAUUAUAGGGAGGUGACAAACAAACAUAUUUUAUGUAGCAAAUUGUAUAAAGGUUGAAUUUGAGAAAAAAAAAAUAUACAACCGCUAAUAUUGGUGACAUGUUAUUGCUCUUAAAUAAAGUUAUGUCUGCUAAAA